UAUUCACCUGUCAGAGUGCAAAACCCUUUCGCAAAACACCUUGAAGGUCUUCAAAAACUGAAAAACUACUUAUGAAAUGAGAGGCUGUUAUCGCAGAGGCUUUGCUGAGCAGUCGCGUGUGUGGUGGAAGUGUUCACUGUCAGCAUUGGUUGGAUGGGGAGCUAUCAAUACAAAAUGCUGACAGAAUGGAGUGACUCUGACUGUAGUGCGGCCUUCUAUUAGCAAAUAAUCGUGCUAAGAGCAUCGCAACUCAAAAUAAUAAUCAGUCAGUCAGUUGUCAGUUGCGUUCCAGAGCUGACAGUAGUGGGAUAUACGCUCCAUUUUCCUACUCACAGUUCAUUGGCCGAGUCACUUUCGAGUGUAGUUUCACAAGAGCAUGAAUGACAAGAUGACUGAACCAGACUGGCUCACAAAGGAGAGUAUUGCAGCAAUGCUGAAGGACAAACUGAAGGCGGAUGUGACAGUUGGUGACUUCACAGUGAAAUGUGACAUCCCCAAGGGAAGCAAUAAUGUAUGUGACGUGAUAAGGGUUCAAGUUACUUAUACGGUCAACAAUCAUGAGGAAAAAAUGACCACUUCACUCAUCAUAAAGAUUCCAAAGACAGGCGGCAUGUCACAAUAUAUACUGAAGUUGGGUAUCAUGCAACAGGAGCAGGACAUGUUUAAACUAGUUAUUCCAAGACUGGUCGCGCUAUCUAACGGUGACGGCCACAACCUCUUAACGUGUGACAGCUACUGGCCUCUGCCAGGGCCCAACAUCAUUGUCCUGGAAGAUUUGAGUGCUCUUGGAUUCAAAAUGGCAGACCGACAGGCGUUGCUCAACUAUGAGGAAGCUGUUUUAGUACUGAAGACUGUGGCACGGUUUCAUGCCGCCUCUUACAGAUUGCACAUGGAGGAUCCAGUGCUAGUGGAGGGCUUCAAAGAAGUACUACUGAAUGAGCAGAACAGGCAAGAGAGGCCUCGCUAUGUCAACAACACAUUCCAAGUGGCAGCUGAUGAAUUCCAAUCCAGGCCAGAGACAGAGAAAUAUGGUGCCAAGUUCAGGAAGCUCAUUGAUAGAUCAUGGACAGUUAUUGCCGACCUUAUGGAACCAAACAAGGAUGAAACGGACUCUUUCAAUGUGCUGAACCACGGUGAUCUGUGGUGCACCAACAUACUGUUCAAGUACAGUGAUAACCAGAAUGCCACAGAUGUGAGACUGAUAGAUCUGCAGAUCCCUCGCUACAACAGUCCUGCCUUGGAUCUCACCUACUUCCUUUAUAGCAGCGUAAAGAAUGAGGUCCUACAAUCCAGCUACAAAAAGCUUCUCUCCAUCUAUCUAGAAGAGCUGAACCAAGCACUGCUCGAGUGCAGAGUGGACCGUCAGCUGAGCAUGCAAAGCUUGCAAAAAGCAAUGGACGAGUUUCUUUUCUUCGCCCUCUACGUACUUAUUGCCUACCUUCCUGUUUUCCUGUGCAAUCCUGAAGACGCACUGAAUUUGAAAGACCUUUGUGAGGAUGAUUUCAAGAAUAUCACCGAAAAUGACGUGCUUAAGAAGUAUUUCAGGACAAAGACCUACAGCGAUGUGAUUCCCAUGAGGCUGCAGCAUAUUGAACAGCGUGGAGGAUUUGAUUUGUAAAUAGAAAUGAUUCAUCCACAAAAAUAUGGAGAUUUAUUUAUAGCCUCAAAUACCUACGAUGAGUGCGAAACGCUAUUAUAUUUAAGGCUUUUUGGAUUAAUUUAUCCAGUAUUCUUUAAGGAGCUCAUUACACGGUCAAAUAUAUUUCAUCUAAGACCAUGUUAUAAUGUGAACAUUACAAUCAACCCCAAAACAGAGGUCUUUUCGCAAUGGAUUUUAAAAAGUAUACUAUAAUGAUAACAUUA